GAGGAGGAGUAGGAUGCAUGGGUCCGGGCCAUUGGACCAGUGAGCAUCUUACACCCAGCAGCGAGGAUGCAUCAGCAAGGGUACAGCAGCGAGGAUUCCAACGCGGAGGCGGAGUUGGAAAUGAAGCUAGUGACUGUAUGUGGGUACUUUUGUUUAGUUGUUUUUGUUUGAUUGUUUAUUUGUUGGUAUUUUUUAAUAUUAUUUGUGUAGUGUUUCCUUGGGGUGGGGGGAUAAGGCGGCUUUCCCAAGUGUGGGGGGCCAAUGGCUCGCCGUCUACACGGUCUGCCUCCGUCCACGUCCAUCUAGUCCAUUUUAUUCCCUCGCAGCCAACCCCACCGCGACACCACCCACCCCUGUGCAGCCCGCUCGAUCAAGCGCACUCUGUGAUGGAGCGACACACCUUAGCCACAUUACCCCAUCCCAUGCCUAGCCCAGAUCCAUCGAAUCAUCCUCGAUCUGCCCUCACAUCCUGCAGGUGCUUCACGUUCCCACAGCACCCAGCUCAUGCAACCACCCAUAACCCAUCCCAUUCCGCUGCGCUGCCUGCAGCAGGCUCCCUUGUCACCGCAAUCGUCGUCGUCCUAGUCGUCCUCGUCGUUAACGUCAUCAUCGUCCUCGCUUCGUCAUCAUCGCCAUCAUCGUCCUCGGAACGUCUUUUCACCACCUAGUCCUGUGUGGAACUACGCAGUUUGUGUCCCUGUGGGUUGUUGCACGCUUGCGCCUUUGAGGCUUCGAACGACCAAGAGUGUGUCGGCGGCUGCCAGUUUCAGGGAGGGGUUCGUCUCUCUUGUGGGGUAUGCUUGUGAGGAGCAAGUCUCAUACCUUGGUGCGUACUUAGUUUUUCACAAUCCAGCCGUUCUCGGGAGUAAUCUAUGUAUGUGGUGGUUGAGCAUGCGCUGGAGAUCAAGUUUGAGGUGAUUUGAGGCAGUGAGCCACCGAUGUUCAGAGUAUGACCCACGGAGAGGCUGAUUUGAAGGAUAUGUGUUGCAGAACGAUUGGGGACCUUAUUCUUUGAGAGCCUUGCUUGGAAUGGGAGCUGGAUUGAAGGUGUUAACAGACCUCGUAUUCUCGUGUUUGAGAAAGGAUAUCAGAAGGGGAAUAGGUAGAAGCCAUCAAAAUGGUGCUUUUAACGGCUUCAAAGGACGGCACGACUGAAGGAUCAUUGGAAAAGAAGGCGAGGAAAUUAGCCUUGGAUGGAACAACUAUACCUCUGACUCCAGACUCGCCUGGCAAGAAAGCCCUUGAGAAACCUCAGAAGGUCCUGCCUUGUCCGCGAUGCGAGUCGAUGAACACUAAGUUUUGCUAUUACAAUAAUUACAGUGUAAACCAGCCCAGGCACUUUUGCAGGCAAUGCCAGAGAUACUGGACAGUCGGGGGUACGCUUCGAAAUGUUCCAGUAGGAGGAGGAUCCCGGAAGAAGCACCGACAUCAGAGGCAGGAGCCUUACAUGCGAACAGCUCCUGGCUCCGUUACUAGCCCACUUGCCUUGGCCACCGCGGGAGGGCAACCUGGGAUGGCCAACAUGGGCUUCCAGCAACUUUUGACACACGACAUGUCGGGCUUCAAUUUCUCCCAGCUACCAGGUUUCGUACCGCAAACACUUUACCCCGCUUACCCUGUGGAUCAGAGCCAAGGAAUGUAUGCCCAGCCACUGUCGAACAAGUCUACACAACAUGAAUUUCAGUCCAUGCAUCCCGCAUGUGGUGUGAUGAACCCGCAGUCAUUGCCAACGGCCACAGGGCACUACUGCGGGACAGAUGUUGGUGCUCAGCUGCAAGGCGACAACGGUGUUAAUACAAACGGUGCCGCCGGACCAGUGAAGCACGAAUUCUGGAGCAACAUGAUGCCGCAAAACCCCCACCUGCAGGCUGGAAACCAUUCUGUGCAAUCGCUGUGGGAAGAGUGUAAGGUGACGAGUGGCACUGUUCCGACCACCACAGCUGACUCCGAUGCUCGUAAAGCAGGUGCUCUAGUGGAUCUGCAAGCUGUCGCGAAGAGUGGCGGAUAUGAUUCGUCGAUGCUACUUCACCUGGGGCUCAACACGCGACCACAGGUGAGUGGUAAACCAUCUUUUUCGAACCAUAAUCAGCUGGACUCGAGAGGUGUGGCUCAUCCCACAAAUGGUUCCUCGCCUCCUCAUGGCUCUAGUACGAUCGAAGAGGAGGGGAGCACGCCAACCAAUGGAUACUCGAAUAACGGCUAUGAAGAGGGUGACACAGUUUCUUCGAUGUGGCAAGACAUGCACGAUAUUCAUGACAUCUUCCAAUAGUUCUGGUCGCGAGCCGGAGCCUGAAGGAGUCUGUAAAUUACUCGAACUGUACAUUGUAUCUUGUCAUUAGACUGUCAUAGGCUUACGCAAAUGUCGUGUGCACUUGUGCAAGGCGUCGUGAAUUGGAUGUUGCAAACACGGAUUUGUGAAUAGAAUUGAGUUAGUUUCAUAACUUCAUGUGGAGUCUGCCAAUGGGCUCUAGCUUGCUAUCAGUGUGCAGUAGACCGGCUAUGUGAGUGAGGAUUGAAUGAAAUAGUGUAAUAUAAGCGGGUUUUUGAAAGUAUUGGCGUGCAAUUACUUGGUUCUAAAUCUUAGACUGUCAUCGUCGUUGAGCAAUUGGGGCUCAUCUAGUGCAUGACUGACUCUGAAAGUCAUAGGGAAGGACCUAAGAUUUUUUUUGUAUAAGAUUCUUUGUUGAUCUUCGCGAGUAAAUUGCAUUUGGAUAUUUCUACA